AUGAAGGCUUGGAAGGGCAGGCUGAUUUUCGGAGCCUUGCUCCUCUUAGAAGUUAUAUCAUCUGCACGUGUUCCUACAUUGCGUUCAUCUGGAGAGGAGGCAGCCACUACAAGCCGACAGAAGCGUAAGUACAUUUAAAACUAAGAAGAACAAAGAAGAAAAAGACGAACUUAUGUAGAUCGCUUUUUUGCCUGUUCCUUUUGUUUGAUAUGUAAGGAUUACUCUGUUGUUCUAAGAGACAUGCAUGUAGAAUAAUCUGAAUGAAGUAAAACUUAACAGGACGAUUGUUUGAGAAAUUUUACAAUUUAAGUCUGUAGUUUGACAGAAGUUAUUGACAUCAUGACGUCAUAAAUGGCUUCCAAAUUUAGCGCCAAAAUCUAGAAUAAGAAAUAUAUUCUACUACUGUAAGGGUGUAUGGACGACGCGAAGAGGGAAAACUUCCUUUUUUGGCUCACCCCUAUUUCACGCAGGCACCCCACUAUCUGAACCUGUGGAGCAUUCUAUUUUAGCCUGGUAGCGAAGUGAUGCAAUCGUUAAAGAUUAGGCAAGUGUCUUUCAAAGCGGGUUUGGUCUUACAAUCACCAUCAAAUAAAAUAUGAAAAGAAACUUGUAGAAAGAGUACUAGAACCAUUAUCACAAAAAUUUCACAAGUGACAGUGCCUCGUAAGCGAAGAAUAGCUAAUAGCUGAGUUCGUAUGAACGUAGGCCACAGUAAUGGGGUGAGCGGGCUGGAACCAAGGCUAAAAUUCAAUGGAUUUGAAUUAUUUCUAUAGCAACCGCUUCAGCGACUGUGAAACGUGUGACAGGUGGAGGGAAAGCUCUAAGCAAGACCGCAUUCUGGAAGAAAAUUGAUUACAUAUGUAAGUAGACGCUGAUCCGGCAUCUCCCCAAGGGAACUGGAGUGAGAUCAUUGCUUUUCUCGCUUCUACUUCGUCCUUUUAAUUGUUCUCUCUCUUCUUUUUCCCGUCCUUUUGGGAUUUUCAUUUAGGCUUUGCGGUCCAAAACAAUUGGGUUUUACCGUUAUUCCAGCCUGUGAAAUGACUGCAGUUUUCAGUAGUCUAACCUUUCCAGACAUCCAGGCAGAUGUCUCAGAAAAUUUUUGCGGAUGGCGUUAAAUAACCCGUUUUGCAACUGAAAACGGCAUGACUUUUUUAUUAUGCCAUUUCGUUUUAUUCUAUUUUAUUUUCUGUUAUUUCCUUUUCUGUACAGUAAACAAUUACGUUAAAUGCUCAUCGAAUGAAGACUGUCCAAAAUUUAAAGACAAACCAUUAGAAUGCCACAAUGACACAGUCCGCCCAGCCUGCUGGUGUAAGGGAUCCCGCCUAAGUCUUUACCUUCAACGGGACGGAGGCACUUGUUUAGGUUUGUAUGUAAACUUGAGUUGCCAUUACGAAACCCCUCCAUGUAUAAGCCCCUCCAAAUAUAAGCCCCCCAAACCGGUAACGCAAAAACCCCUCCGUUAAAUCGCCCCUUCAAAUAUAAGCCCCGUUGAGUCUCAGUAUUCAAAGCAAAAACGGGUUUAAGAAUGGGCAUCUUUCCCUCCGUAGAUAAGCCCCUCCGAAUAUAAGGUUCAAAAAUAAAAAAGGGCCUUCGAAAAAUAAACUUAUUUUCAGUCGAAUUCUCCAGGAUACAUGUACAUGUAUACCAGUCUCAACAAUCAGGUUUUUGGGUCCCGUUGGACAAAAAACCUACUAAACAUUUACAGUCGAACCUCUGCUAACGGCCACCUCUCUACAACGGCCACUUUCUUCUCUCCCCCAGGUGGCCAUUGUAGAGAAGUUUAACUGUAUAAUAAAAUUCCAACUAUUUUUCCUUUUCUGAUUUUCUCAAAUCCCUUGGAUAAUUUCUUUUAGUAAAAUCCAACUAGUGGUCUAUUAUCAAUGCUCGUUCUGAUUGGUUGAGCAACUACUAGGCUAUAUGUUAUAGCCCACUAGUAGCGAAAAGCGCCUGCUUUGAAAACCAAAACAAUGGCGGCUGAAUCGUGUACGUUUUGCUUGUUAAAGUUGUUCUGUCUCGAUCUUUCUGACCAACUAGUUGGAUUUUACUAAAAGAAUUAUUCCUCAACCUCACGGCCUCUGAGUCAAAUUUCAGCCCUUGCCUCGGGCUGGUUGGUGGUGUUGACGAAAUUUGGAAGACGUUGGCAAUAUGUGGAAAUAGGAUAAUGUAGUAGUGCAUCAUGGUAUUUGUAAUAUUUUCUAUCUGGUUCCACCUGGCUAGAAAUCAUUGGACCUCCGGGGCCGGGGUGUUCAAAGCUGGGUUAAGAUAACCCAGAGUUAGUGGGAAAUUUGAAUUCAGAUAUGAAAACUUAAACAGCAAAUCAGCUGAAUUCUUUUUGUCUACAAUUUGGUGAUUGGACACUCUAAAAAGAAUAGAGAAAAUUAUCUCAGAAAAUGCUCUCAUUAGAAAGAAAAAGAAACCUGGGUUAAAAUCGAACCCCUGGCCGGUCAGCGUAAUCUGCAAAGGGAAGAAGGACACCUGAUUGCAGGUUAGGGUUAGCGCUCAUCGGCCUUCGAGCAAAUGGGCCCAGAUCUCUUUCUUAGUGGGUUAAUUUAUAAAAAUAAGUACUGUUACAGUCUACGCUAAAUGCUUUAGUGAAAUUGUUCACAAUAAAUGAUAUUUAGAUUAAAGCGCUGGGCAAACUCACUGAAAAUGGUAUAGAACGCGGUUUUGUUAAACGAGGGCUAAACUUCGUUUGAAUAACUGGCCCUUAGAUUCUACCAUUGUGGUGAUAUUGCAGUCAAUAAGGAAGAAUUCCGAUAUCCAAACCGAUCUUAUUGUUAAUCGGCGCGGCCUGAUGUUUACGUACAUGAUAUAUUUUUUUUCUGUCUAGAUUUAACCAGUCCUUGCAAGCUUCGGAGGAGAGCAAUAAAACAUCUGAUACACGUCUGUGAUGAGAACGCUAUCUGUCAAGAUACUGGUCAGCGGUACUUUACCUGUACAUGCAAACGAGGAUUUGUAGGCAACGGAAUUCGUUGCAAACGGUCCGCAAAGCCAGGUAUAAUCUAUCACUAAGCCAUUGACCGUCUAUUUCAUGUUGCGGAUUUGAAAAAAGUUUUUAUGAAUAAACUGAAGCGAUGGCCAGAAGCUAAAUCUUAUACCAAAGUUGACUUGGGUAACAGUAGUAAUUUCGCUACUUCCACAUGGGACAGUGAAAAACUCCGUGAAAAAUGAAGCUAGGCCAGGAAUUAUUCUGAAAUGCCAUCGGUUUCUUCGCCCCACUCCUUAACGGACGGGAAGGCUUCACUGUGCCAUGAAAUUUCAGACCAGGCCAGGAACCAUAGGAAACAUUUUUGAAGUUGUCAAGAAUUUACUGAAUUAUGACGUCUUUCUCCUUAACAAUUUGGUAAAAUGACAGCAUUGAUGGCAACAUAGCCUGUGGUUCUACACUUUCAACUUGUUACCGUACAUCGACCGAGUGUCUUCCAUCUUUGAAUUGCCAGGCUUUUUUGCUGUUUCCAUUUAACAAUUACAAACAAACAAACAACAAAACAACAAUAGGCUAGCAAAACUUGAAAAUUAUACAAACAAAAAAAAUACAUCGCCAGAAUACAUUUAACAAAAGAAAAUAACCGUAUCAAAGUUUAGUUGAAGUUUCAAGUGUUGUCUAGUCUAAAACUGUUGAAAUGAGUGUGAUUAAUUUUCCAAUCUCUCCAAACAGAAACUACGCCUUCCAUGAUCAAAAAGCUAAAAACGACUACGAAGAAAAGCCAACCGGUUACUCCAAUAAACAUCGACCUAACUGGAAAAAUCAUCAACAGCGUUAGCAAGAAA